AUGGCAACAGAGCAUACAAAACCCAAGACAAAUCUGUCAAAUGACCAGCGCUCGGCUCUCUACCACACCUUGCUCAAACGAAGUACCAAUGGGGUGCUUUCUGGCGCUGACAUGCUCGACGUAUGUGCUUCAUUCCAUGUGAACCAGUUGACUGUAUGGCGUAUCUGGAAGCGGGAAAACGGCCCUGCAGCAGCUGGCCCAUGUGCCGACAUCUGCUCCCGAAAGCAACAGACUGGACGCAAAAAAACGUAUCUUAUCCAAGAGAUAGAGCGCAGGAUCAAAGCAGUGCCUCUUGCUAAGCGGCAGACGUUUCGGGCGUUGGCAGCAGCAACCGAGCUAUCGACUUGGACGCUCUGGAAUUACGACAAUGGUCACUUCUCUUACGGUGACGCAUAUCGGGAAUACCUGUUGACGAAGGUGCUUCCUGCAAUCAAGAGCAAGUGGGUGUGGCCUGAAGACGAAGCUCCAACAGAUGUGUACGUGCAGCAAGACAACGCGCGCCCGCAUGUGUCUGUGUCCGAUGCCGGGGGACAUCGAUUUAUCGGGGGACAGUGCAAUGGCUGGGCCAUCAAGAUAAUCAACCAACCUCCCAAGUCUCCUGACCUCAACAUUUUCGACCUCGGAUUUUUCAACGCAAUCCAGUCCCUGCAACAAACCAAUGAAUGCAAGACAGUUGAAGACCUCAUUCGUGUAGUGCGUUGUUGGUUUGUGGAGCUUCGAGCGGCGACGUUGGCGAUGACGUUUGGCACUUUGCAACGAGUGGUGAAGGCGUGUGUUGAAGCUGGUGAAAGCAAUGUGUUCAAGAUUCCAAGUAGCAAGGAUGGUGCCGACAUAUCGGCACUGGAUUUGAUGCACGUUCGCCUGGAGCAAGUAAAACGCAUGGACGAUCUGUGUGGUCUACUCGAGUCAUGCAGUGUAGAUAUUUAG